GGGACGGAGGGAGAGGAAUCCAGAGGGCUCCAGGAGGAAGGCCAGCAGGAGAAGAGAGACGAGCACAGGCCAGCCACGCAGGAUUCCCUGGCAAGGCGUUGAAGCAGCAGAGCUGGAGCAGUUGGGCUUCCAUAGGAGAAGUUUUCUGCAGGCAAGAAGCCCCUGAACUGAGCUAGCUAGGACUGGAGCCGUGCAGCGGCCGAUGGACCGUGCCCUCUGAGAGGGGCUGCGGAGUUGGAGGGCACACGCUGGGAUGGCCCUCUAUAACAACGGGGCCAAGAUGCCUUCCCCCCAGGAGGCGGCCAAUGGCUUUCCCCAACCCGGCGCCUCCGGCACCUGGCACAAGCCGGAGGAGGAGGCGCGGCUGGUGGAGCCCAGCCUGGUGAAGAAGGCUCACCGGGAGAUCCUGGAUCACGAGCGGAAGCGGCGGGUGGAGCUGAAGUGCAUGGAGCUGCAGGAGAUGAUGGAGGAACAAGGGUAUUCGGAAGAAGAGAUCCGGCAGAAAGUGGGGACCUUCCGGCAAAUGCUGAUGGAGAAGGAGGGAGUGCUCACCAGAGAGGACCAGCAUGGGCGCCAGAUAGUAAUUGAAAACCAUCACAUGGAGGAGUACGCCAUGGAGUACCCAGAGUACGGAGAGGGCUGCCUGCUGCCGUGUGACUGCCCAGCCGACUGCUACCGAGACCACUGCAGCCACAGAGAGCACAGGCUGAAGAGGUGGAUAAGCAGCUCCACCUCGCCGCCGCCCAAGAAGAAAAAGAAAAAGAAAUCGGGUCAUCGCCGAAGCCGCAAAAAGAGGAAACCCGGAUCAGAGCGCAGCUGCGACAGCUCCUCGCCCCUCCGGAAGGAGAAGAAAAAGAAGAAUGGAAAGAAACACCGACGAGACAGGUCUGAGUCUGGAUCCCGGAAGAAGAGAAGACACAGGUCCCGGAGCCCCAAGAACAAAAGGAAAGAGAAAAACAAAGAGCGAAAGAGAUCCCCCAGCAACUCCCCAGCCCGCAGAUGCCACAGGCAGAGCAGCUGCAGCUCUCAAAGCACUUCACUCUCAUCAGAUUACAGCCACUCCAAAUCGCCGGGCCGACUAACCCCCAAGCACAGAGAGGACAGACACAAGCCCAGCAGCCUCCGCUCCAGCCGCAGCCCGUCCUCCUCUCGCACCUGGCACAGCCGCUCGGCCACACCGCACCAGAACGGGCACAAGGGCAGCGCCCAGAAUGGCCGGCACAGCCAUGGUCCCUCGGGUGAAAAACAGCAGGAUAGGCUGGACUCCUACGUCCCCUUCUCCCAGGGGGCAUGUCAAGACCGGCCGCCAUCCCCCCGCUCCAAGGGCGGCAGACGCGGCCCCAGAAGCCCCCGGUCGUGUCGCCGGAGAAAGGAGGCCGAUGCUCCGGAGGGGACAAGUAACCUCCACCGACGCCGCUCCCGGUCCGCGUCGCUGCACAAACACAAGGGGAGGAGCAAGGCCAAGGCCUUGGCCCAGAAGGAGUCACCCCACUCGCUCAGCCACACCGACUACAGCAGCGAUUCGGAGGGGUCGGCCUGCUCACACCCCUACCCGGCGGCGCGGGGGGCGGAGAAGAACCAUGGGGCGCACUUUGAAAAAGGUAAAGGACAGACACCACCGGGGCAGGCCAAACAGCGGCUCCCAGUCCCCUGUCAAGCACUCCAGGCACAACUCCGAGAGAAGGAAGAGCCUGUCCCAGAGCAGCUCCUGGAGCUCCAGCGGCUCCCCAAUCCAAAUCCCGGUCACGAUCCCGGGAGAAAAAGACCAGCACGGAGCCGGAGCCAGUCUCCAUCGCAGAAAAAAAAACUCAAGCAGAGAGAAAGACCACGAGCCCCGAACACGGCACAGUGACACGGAUCCUGCCCGGGCCAGGCGCCGCUCCAGAAGCUAUUCCCCUAUAAGGAAGAGGAGGCGUGACUCUCCCAGCUUCAUGGAGCCCAGAAGAAUUACAAGCCCGUCUCAAGGUUCCUCUUGGAGAGCGUCGCCACGGGCCUGGUGACCAUGGUGCCCAGGACCCCGCUCCCCGCGUCUCCCUGAAUGCACCGUUGCCCGCAAGCGCCCGAUCCCCUACUACAGACCCAGCCCUUCCUCUUCCAGCUCCCUGAGCAGCUACUCGUACAGCCGGAAGCCACAGCCGGAGCUACGACAGCUACAGUACCAGCCGGGCCGGACUCGCAGCCCCCAGAGCCGCUCUCGCAGCCCAAGCCCCAGCCCCAGCUACAACAGCCACAGCAGCUCGGAGAGUGCGGGUUCUGAGCCAGCAGCAGGCAUGCCCCUCUCUCUCCCCCUUU